AUGUCAAGUGAUGAACAAAUACCUGUUGUUGCUGAUGUAGAAAAUGCUAAGAAAUCUGAUGGUGCAAGUACAGCUGAUGAACAUAGUGUGGAUAAGGUAAAUGAUGAUGAACAAGUUCCACAAGCAGAUGAAAAAUCACCAAUAGAAAAAGAAGAAGAUAAGGAAUCAGAAACAACAACUACUACAGCAGCAGCAACAGCAGAAGAUAACAAUAUUAAUGGAAAAGCCAAUAAUAAUAAACGUGAUAUUGAUCAUGUUGACGAAGAUGAUGAGAAAAAAAAUGGUCAAGCAGAAGAAGAAGAAGAUGAUGAUGAACAAGCUGUUGUAUCAACAACAACAGCAACAAAUAAAAAAAUAAAAAUAAGUGAUCCAUUGGCAAAUGAAAAUGGUGGUGAUACUGAUGAAUCUUCAUCAACAAGUGCAAAAGUACCAAAUGAAGAGCUCACUGUUGUUUAA